GAACCUUUACAUAUAUUGCCUAUAGCUGUAGGCCUUCUGUACGUAGUGUACAUAUACAUUUCUUCCAAAGCAAAUGUAUGAGUCCACAUUUUAUCCUCUUAUUUCAUUCUUUUAUUCCCUAUAUAAUAAUUUGUAUAUAAAUAGUUGUAUAUAGAUUUUCCAACGUCUACAUUUGAUAGAAACACCGGUGACGUAAAGAGACGUAUUUGACGACAGUUAAAUAGAUUGGCUGUCAUUUGGUUUGAACAUGUUAAGAAACUACGGUUGGUGAAAAUAAAUAGACAAAUAAAUAAAAAUAUCGCUUGGUGUCAGUGUUACACAAUGAGAUAUUUUCGUUUUGGGACUGCCCAUUUUCUGACGUUGCUCAUGACACUUCUUUGUAAAGCGACUGCGGUGUGCUGACAUUACCUCCAAGAUGGGUCGAAAUCUUUAUUUUGAAAACUGAGUUUUCUUUUUGGUGUUUAUGCGGAAUAUAGCUGUCACGGAAACCAAGUGAUUAUCGCUUCUGCUAAAAGACAGACGCUGUGAUUCUUCUUCGCGAUGUAUGGUUGCAGACAAAGGCGGAGAUGGGAGUACUGCUGGACUGUUCUGUGCUUUUCGUUGCUGAUGCGCCUUACGGAGCAGGUUUCCACUCAGAUAAGAUACUCUGUUCCAGAGGAGGUUAAAGACGGAACCGUUAUAGGAAACCUUGCGAAGGAUUUGACUCUUGAUGUGAGUUCUUUGGUAUACAGACGGUUUCGUAUAGUUUCUGGGUCUCAUGAUGAUUUUUUUCAGGUUAAUCAGAACAAUGGCGUCCUGUCUAUUCAUAAGAAAAUCGACCGAGAGGAGAUAUGUGAUAGAAACCGAGCUUGCACAAUAAACUUAAAAAUCGUCAUUGAAAAUCCACUUGAAAUACAUUAUAUUGAAGUCGAGAUAACAGACGUGAAUGACAAUUUCCCAGUUUUUCCAGAAACCCAAAUAUAUUUAGAAAUAUCAGAAAAUACACGAUCAGGUGCACGAUUUGAACUUCCAGCAGCGCGUGACCUGGAUGCUGGAAUAAAUUCUAUCCGUUCCUAUAAACUAGAUCAAAAUGAACACUUUCAGCUACAGCUGAAAAAUGGCGAUGAUGAGGACAAAAUAAUCUUUUUAGUCCUGCAGAAGCCGUUAGAUAGAGAGCAACAUAGCAAACACUUAUUAAGUUUGACCGCGUUUGAUGGAGGAAAUCCUCCCAAAUCUGGUACUUUAGACAUUAUUGUUUCUGUUAUUGAUGUUAAUGACAACAUACCUGUUUUUACUCAAGAAAUAUAUACAGUUGCGUUAAACGAAAAUGUCCCAGUUGGCACUAUAAUUACAACUGUUAAUGCCAGCGAUGCAGACGAUGGUCUAAAUGGAGAACUUGAGUAUACACUUAGACGAUCAUCCAAAAGUAAUGUAAAUGACGUGUUUCAGUUAGAUAGUGUUACUGGAGAGAUUAGUGUAAAGGGAAAUAUUGACUAUGAGGAAAAUGAAGUGUACAGAUUAAAUGUCCAGGCAACUGAUAAAGGACAGCCACCGAUGACCGUAGAUUGUAGAGUUGUAAUAAAAGUUAUAGACGCAAACGAUAAUAAACCUGAAAUACAUAUUACGUCACUAUCCAACAUGGUUCCAGAAGACUCUAAACGGGGAACAGUGAUUGCCCUGGUUAGCGUUACUGAUAAGGAUUCUGGUGUCAAUGGUAAAGUUAUUUGCAGUCUUUCAGGUAACACACCUUUUGAGUUGAAACCGUCAGUCAAAGAUAACAUGUAUUCAUUAUUGACGAAAGACGGGUUAGAUAGAGAAAUUGUUUCACAUUACAACAUUACCAUAAUAGCAACGGACUUAGGCCAGCCUCCCCAAUCCAGUGACAAAUCUCUGAAAGUACUGGUUGCUGACGUGAAUGAUAACAGCCCAGAAUUCUCCCAGAAUCCUCUUGAACUCUAUUUACUGGAAAAUAAUUCACCUGGGGAACUCAUGUUUUCUGUAAGUGCCACUGACAGAGAUGCUAAUGAAAAUGCAGCAGUCACUUAUUCUAUUAUCAGAAGAGACGGUAUACAAAAUGACAUGGCAUCGUUUAUAAACGUCAAUGCUGAAAACGGGCAAAUGCGCGCUUUAACAAGUUUCGACUUUGAAAAGGUCAAAACGUUCCAGUUCCACGUGCUCGCUACAGAUUCUGGAAGUCCGUCUCUAAGCAGCAACGUCACAGUGAACGUGUUUAUUCUGGAUCAGAAUGACAACGUUCCAGUGAUCUUAUAUCCAGUCAGCGCUAACGGUUCUGCUGAAGGUGUGGAGGAGAUUCCCCGCAAUGUCAACGCAGGACAUUUUUUGACUAAAGUGAGAGCCUAUGACGCGGAUAUAGGAUACAACGGCUGGUUAUUAUUUUCAGUGCAGGAAGUGAGUGACCACAGUCUGUUUGGUUUGGACCGCUAUACAGGACAGAUAAGGACCCUUCGCUCCUUCACAGAAACAGAUGAGGCUGAACAUAAACUGGUCAUACUGGUCAAAGACAAUGGAAACGUUUCACUUUCAGCAACAGCGACUGUGAUCAUUAAACUUGUUGAACCCAAAGAGGCUUUUGCAACUUCUGAUGUUAAAAACGCAGUAAAAGAAGAGGAAGAAAAUAAUGUUACAUUUUAUUUGAUCGUUACUUUGGGCUCGGUUUCUUUUCUUUUCGUCAUCAGCAUUACUGUGCUGAUUGUAAUGCAGUGCUCCAAAUCUCCAGACUUUUCCUCCAAGUAUUUACAAGAUACAAAUUACGACGGGACUCUGUGUCACAGCAUCCAGUACAGAUCCGGAGAUAAACGCUACAUGUUAGUUGGACCCAGAACGAGUAUCGGUUCUACUCUAGUUCCAGGCAGUAAUGCGAAUACAUUGAGGGGAACGAGUAUGCGCAGUCCUGAGGUGAGUUUUCACGGUUUUCCAUUCAUAUUAAGGGUAACUUUUUUUUAUUAUUUUCUCAGUAUACACGAGUAACACUCC